UGUAACAAGAGUGAGGCGUUGGAAUGUCAGAUUUUUAUAUGAUCAGCCUUGGGAUCCCUAAUAUCUUACUUCCUUCGUAUCUUGCCCCCAAUCCCAUCCCAUCCCAUUCCUCUCAUCCUGCCAAACGAAGCGCCUCCUUCCGCCCUGAAUCCGCCCGUCAUCAAUCAUCAAUCCUGUGCCCCCAAUCCCCUCCCUUCCAUCGACCUUCUUCCUUAUUCCUUAUUCCCCGUACGGCUCAGCGAACAAACGAACUGCGGCAGGCUCCCGGUUCCCCCUCGUGCCUUCCCUCCUCUCCCCUCCCACCCCACACUCUACCAGGGCGCUGCGCUUCACCUUCGUCGCAGAUUUGGCCGAAGACGGACCACUUCGCAUAUCGCAUUGAAAGGCUAUACACUAUUCAGGGCGUAUCCGGUCAGGAAUCGGACAGCAGCGCGGAAUUGAUCUCACGAGUCAAUUGGCUACUUUCGUAACUCUUCUUGGUACUAUACAGGCCGCAUACAGACCAUAAUCGACCACAUCGACCACAUACAGGACCAAACCGGACCGUAUACAGGCCUUCUAGAGGAACAUCAUCCGCUUGCCUGCGAUUCGCCUCGUUCGUUAGACUGGUAGUUGGGUGCCAGUGCAGACCAUCUGGAGCCAGUCCGAGGCCAGUCUAAACCAGUGGGCGACUACCUCACCGCCACGUCUGGGAAGCCCAGGUCGACUUACAUUCGACUACAUUUACUCUAACCUUUUCCUGUCAAAUACUGUCAAGGGCUAUCAAAUAACGCGGGGGGGCCAACUCUUGGACGACCCGCUUUCUCGUCGUCUUGGGGACUAUCACGACUAUCCAGAAUUAAGUGCUGCGUCUUGGUUGCUGCGUCUUGCGUCUUGCGUAUACUCCAUCCAGUACAAUAAUAGCAAAGCAAGCAGACCUGUGGAUACCUGACCUUGGACCGACCUGACCUGACCCCAUCCACAAUCCACAUCUGAGACCUGAGACCUCACGAACGACCCGGCCGCAUCAUCAACCUCGCCAUCCUCCGCUUCUCCUGGUCACUCUACUAUCUACUACUCCAUUCUACCCCACUGCCACUGCACAGUGCCACUCCACAAGUGCCACUCUCUCAUCCAUUACCUUAUACCUUACCUACCACAAUAACAAUAACAAUAACAACACCUUCACCUUCACCAGCCAUACAACAACCAACACCAACUGACUGACAAGAUCAACCCUCACUGUUGCUAUUCAAUCUCACACCCUCACACACUCACACGCCUCUUCUCUUCUCUUCUCGUCCAUUCCAGCAGGAGCGCCCUGUUUCUGCUUCAUCAUCGUUCCCUGGUGGUCCGUUUCACCCUGCUAUACCGCCCCAAUUCAUCCGGAGCCCGCCAAACCACCGAACCAAACGACCAUCAACACAUCACCUCUUAGACUCAUCAUCACUCAUUACGACGCAUUCGCAUCCCCAUAGUCAGCUUUAUACGGUGAUUCCUCAUCGCCACCGCCGCCCGUUCUAGCGAAAAUCUUCCGCCUUCGCCUUCGUUCCUGGUCUAAUCGCUCACUAAGUCCCUAAUCUCUCUUCCAAUUGGCCCUUCGCCCUUCCGAUAGCUUACCAAGCAACCCUUCCGUCGCUCUCCCCGACCGAAUCUGUCACUUUACAAACGCCCGCCCUGGCCCGAACCGUUGAGUGACGUUCAUUCAGGGACUCACUCUCUAGCAUCGACUUCGCAGCCAGUCUGUUUGCCUCCCAUAUAAGUGCUCUCUCUUGCCACUUCAUUGAUCUUUGUACUCCUUCACUUCAACAACACCUCUACACCUACACACGACCAUCCCUAUAACCACCAUCUCAACUAUCUCCGUCGACAUAUACGAUACCGCCACCCUUCGAUAAGUCUCCCAACCCCUCCGGACUACACCGAUCGAUACCCCCACCUGCGAUGAGAUAGCGAAGACAGGCUGCCCGAUUCCGAGCACAACUACAACAACACACAUUCGAUGUCUCUCCCUCUCCCCCCAGAUCCCUACAAGGCCCUCGGCGUAGCCAAGGAUGCCGCCAUCUCAGAGGUCAAGAGCGCCUACAGGAAACUCGUGCUCAAGUGCCAUCCGGAUAAGGUUCAGGACCCGACCCUGAAGGCCCAGAAGCAAGAUGAGUUCCAGAAGGUACAACAGGCCUACGAGCUCCUCACCGAUGACAACAAACGCACCGAAUACGAUGAGAAGAUAAAGAUGUUCGCUUUCCGGGAUACACUAAGGUCGCAGGUACCCAAGAGCACCCCGCAGAGCGCGAGAUCGUCACCGCAAACCCAUAACCCCCCUGUGUUCGAUUACGAGGUCAGGACAGCAGAGCCGAGAUCGUCGAGGUUUAAGACUUCAAGGGCGCCAUCACCCGUGAGGGUGUAUGCGAGGCCUUCAUCGUACGAAGAGGUCUCUCCACCGAGGGUGCACGACAUGGGAUCCAGGUCCGCGAGGAAAGCGGCGAGCUACGAGGACCGGAAGACGCCCUCGAGGGAAGAUGAGAGGCACCAAAGACUCGGCGAGGAGCGUGAGCGCCAGCGCCGAGAGAAGGACCUCAACAAGAAGAACCUGAGCGCGUCGAAGAAGUCCCGUGACAAGGAGCGCAGGAAGGGCGUCGAGGAGAAGACGAGCAGCCGCCGCACGCCCUUCAUCGUUGACGAAGACGACUCCGACGAAUACCGGUCACCGCGCUCCGAGCGUCGCUCGAGCAAAAGGUCCGACGACAAGAUCCACGUCACCAUGAAGGGCGGCGAGACCAACGAGUUCACUAUCUCCGAGCGUACACGCAAGCUCCAACAUAGCAGUGAGACUGCCGCGCAGUAUAUACUGAAGUCGAAGUCGAAGGGCAAGAGCCCCGAGACUGAGUUCCGUCCCCCAACCAUGCGGCGCUCAGAGACUUACCACGCUCCGCCGUACGCCACGCGUUACCCAGCUCCGCCCCCACAGACCUACAUCGAUGCCGACUCGGACGACGAACCCCGCCGCUCCUCUGCCCGCCCUCGCUCUCGCCGACCUUCUGACGCUCUUCCCCCACGCAUUCCCCCAGGAAACGAGCCCUACAUCAUUACCGCCGACCCCUCUUCCCGCAAACCUUCUCUCCAGUCUCACUCCUCGGCGCCUCCCCUCGUUGCCGAACCACGCCGCAAGGAACCCCAGCGCGCCCAAACAAUACAAUCGGACUACCCUCGCCGCUCAUCUGCUUCGACCGUGCCCCCACCACCCCUCCCACGCGCCUCGACUUUCAACAACGGCGAGAAACCUCGACCACAUCGCCUCCAAACCGAAUACUAUCCCCCCUCCUCCUCCUCCUCCGACUCGGAUUCUGACGGCCACGUCCGCUACGCCAGCCCGUCGCGGGCCCCACGCACUAGCCCCCCCAUCCAGACCGGCACCCAAAAGCGAUACGUCAUCGAAAAGUCCCGCGCAGUCCCUAUCGCCCGCUCCUCGCACCGCAAGGUUCUCCGCGACGACUCCUUCGUAUCGGGACGCGACCGCAGCGAAAGCCCCCGCGGCACUCCCGCCCGCGUUCCCGACCGCCCACCCGUCACCCGCUCCAGCACAUCAUCGGCCCGCGCUAGCUCCUCCGUCCGGACCAGCUCCCGCACCACGCCGACCACCUACUACGCAUCCCCCACCGACGACGCGCCGCCGAGAUCAAAGCGUGACGUCCCGAGGGGUGUGCAGCAGCAGUCCAGCCCUGGCGGCGGAUCGUUCUUUGGCGAGGUCAAGUACGCGCCGGCGUUUCGCCCGGAGGAUGUCACUUAUGGCGAUUAUUAUCGCCCCGGACAGACCACGGAUUACUAUCCGCAGUCCCGACGGGGAGAAGCUGCUGCUGCGUAUGCGUAGGAGCUGGCUUCUUUCCUGGGUCUUCUUCUGCCGAGUUGGGAUCUGAUGAUCUCGCUGGCGGGGAUGGCCUGUCGAGUCCACAAAGUGAGAGACCGAGCAUUUGAUCUUUCGCACCAUUUUUGUUUUUUAUCGAUCUCUUCGAUUCAAACCCAUGUAUAUCCAACAAAUAACGCAGUAACGACCGAAACCUCUACUACUUUUUUUAUUACUACUAUUUAUUGUUCCUCCAUGUUUUUGUCACUUGUUGUUUUUUAUCUAUUCAUUCGAGCAUUUUCACGACGAGCAAACAGGCAGCAGCGGCGGGCGGCACAGGACAGCGCAGCACAGCACACACACACUGGGAACGGACACGGGACAGGAGGUAUGGGAUGGGCGGAGAGGGCCACAGCGCGGCAUUUUCUCUCGCUUUUGUUUUGCAUUUGACGGAUGGAUGGGUGAGCGGGAUG